AUGAGAUGGGACCAUGAUAUUAGGAAAUUAGAAGGAAUAACUUUGGCCCGCAUAACCAACAAUAGACAGCAAUGGGCCCAACUAAAAAAGGAGUGGAUAUCCACGACUCGGAUGGUCGAAGAUAUAUUCUAUCGUAAUUGGUUGAAACGGGAUUUUACUCCAGUCAGCAACUCCAAUAAGAAAAUACGAAAAUUCCCCUACGAUGGACCAAUUGUUGAAUGGAUUAAAUUACCAAAUUCAAUUAACAAAAAUUAUUAUAAAUUUGCUAAAGUUGGUGAGCUAUUUAUCAAUCAGGGCGACAACAUUCUUAUACCUCCCGAGGAGAAAAACGAACCUCCCCAAAUAGCCCACGUCGCCUAUAUGUUCGAAGACGAGGAAAAUCACGAGAAAAUGUGUCACGCUCACUUUUAUUGCCGGGGCACGGACACCAUAAUGGGCGACAAGUCCGAUCCCAGGGAACUGUUUUUAGUGGAUCAUUGCGAAGAUAUGCCUUUGUCGUGCAUUAUCGGAAAAGCUAAGGUUUAUAGGAAAGAGCACAAAAGCGGAUGGCGCACCAGCGGCGGAGACGAGCGACCGGAUCUGAACGACACCGACGACGGCAAGAACUACUACUUCUCGAAACGUUACGACUAUAACCAGAGCCGAUUCGUCGAUUUUAUCGACAACGGCUCCGAAUGCAUCUCCUGCUUCUGGCAAACGGAGGAGAACAACGAGAACACGCCGGUGUAUAGGGAGAGGUUUUUGGGUCGGUCGUAUAUCGAAUGGAAAAAUGAACAAUAUUACGUCGGGUCAGGAAUUUUUAUAGAUUACGAGAGGGAAAUGGUGGAGACUACCAACAAAGAGACCAAGGAAGAACCAUUUUACACCAUCGAAUACUUAAAUGGAGAUUGCGUACGUAUGUCGAAAAUUGAUCGCGACACGAUAUUCCCCGAGCGAUACCGGAAAUUCGAGAAAAAACACGAUCCUGUUUACGUCGCCUGCGAACCUUACACCGUGGGAGUAAUCGAGAAAAUAACGAAAAACAAUGACAAAAUUACGGUGAGAGUCAGGGAAUUCUACAGGCCGGAAGAUACGAAGGGUGGAGAGUAUGGAGACCCGUUUUUGGUGUACUGGACAAAUCGUAUUUACACUAUAAGAAAUUUUGAUAAAUGGAAGUCAGUAGUCAAAGGAAAAUGCUACAUUUCUAACACAGAACAUAUAGAGGAUACAUAUCAAUGGACAAGAGAGGGACCUUCCAGAUUCUAUUUUCGAGAAUUCUAUGAUCCAAAUACGUGUAAAAUCAAACCGUUACCUACAUCUGCAAGAACUAUUGGUUUGAAAACGAGGAAGACUUCUUGCGGUUACAACAGCGAAACGCCGUUACUAUGGCCUGAACUUCAAACAAAACUAAAGUCACUGGAUAUUUAUGCAGGUUGUGGGGGAUUAUCCGAUGGUCUGGAAAGAGCAGGACUCGUGGAAACCAAGUGGGCUAUCGAGAUCAACUCAGUGGCAGCGAAAUCCUUCAAAUCAAACAAUCCAGCGGCUAUAAUCUUGGAACAAGACUGUAACAGCGUCCUGUCGUUAUUGCUCGAGGGUAAACAGAGAGAUAUUAACAUGCCCGAGAAGGGUGAGGUCGACAUUAUAGUAGGGGGGCCUCCGUGCCAAGGUUACUCUCUCAUCAAUCGAUUCCAAAAAAAUGAGGGCUCCAAAGAGAACAAUUCGCAAAUCAAUACGUAUCUGGGAUUUAUAGAUUACUACAGACCGAAAUACUUCAUUUUCGAAAACGUGCGCAACUUUGUCAGUUUCAACAGCGCCCUGUAUUUGAAACUGACCCUCAAAUGUCUACUGGCCAUCGGCUACCAACUCUCCUUCGGCGUGCUGCAAGCGGGCAACUACGGUUUGCCCCAGACGAGAAGAAGAUUUUUCGUAGUCGGUGCCGCACCUGGGUUAAAGUUACCCAGGUUGCCCGAUCCCACGCACUGUUUUGGACGUUUUGUUAAAAACGUCGAAUCCAUUAGGGUGGACAACUUAAAAUAUGAUAUAGGAGACAGUGCCAUUGGAAUGCUGGGAUCCUUACCCUACAGAACGGUUACCGUUAAAGACGCAAUUAGCGAUCUACCGCCCGUUACAUACGAAACAAUGGCAGCUCACAUGCCUUACAAUUCUUCCAAUCAAUCCCACUACGCGAAGCAACUGAGGGAAUAUUGCGGCAGGGACGAUGCCCUGAGGGAUCACGAAUGUAACCCAGUGUCUGCCCUCGUAAGGAAAAGGAUUCAAUUGAUACCCGAAUACGGCGAUUGGACGGAUUUGCCGAACAUUGCAAUAAAGCUAGGGGAUGGAACAAGGACGGAGAUACUAGAUUAUGCCUACAGAACAAAAACACAAGAAGUGGAUAGUCCUCCUCGAGGUAUGUGUGAAUGCGUUGGUGAAAAAACCUGCAAUAAGAACCACAAGAAAUAUUUAAGAUCUCGAACUAUAAUACCUUGGUCAAUAGCUCAUACGGCUGACAGACACAAUCAUUGGAGAAAUGUGUAUGGCCGAUUGGAUUGGGAUGGGUAUUUCAGCACAGUAACGACAAAUCCAGAACCUUCUAGGAGCCAAGGCAAAGCCUUACAUCCGGAUCAAGACAGAAUUAUCAGUGUAAGAGAGUAUGCAAGAGCACAAGGGUUCCAUGACGAAUUUAUAUUUGUAGGCAGUACUUCAGACAAGUACAGGCAAAUAGGUAAUGCAGUACCUCCACUUUUGGCUACAGCUAUAGGAAGAGAAAUAAUCAAAGCUAUUCAUGCUAACAAAAAUUAAACUCAGUUCUGUUUCGACUAAAUCUGCUAAAAUUUUAUAUCAACGACUUCUAGUUUUUAAAUUUGUUUUUGUUGCUUAAUUAAUUUAUUUGUUUACUGUAUUUUAAUGUUACUGUCUGUAUAUUUUAUAUACCGUUUAUAUAAGAUUAAUUUGUUAAUUAUUUUUUUACAGACUUAGAUUUAGUGAGGAGUAGAUACCCAGACUU